GACUCUUGCGAUCCAACUCACCUAAGUUUUAACCUACGAAUAGAACCCCUGUUUUUUGUUUUUUGUUUUUUUUUUUUUAAAAAAAACCUAUUUUUCAAUUAAAAAACUACUCCUAUAUGGGAAGAAUAUAACCGAUUUGGCGGGAUUAUCACUUGAGAGAAUCAGAACAAUUGAAGAGUUCAUAGUUUCACAUCAGCAAUGCGAUGGAUUCCAACAACAAAUCCUCCGAUCAAGUAAUUUCAGAAAUGGUUGAAAUGGGUUUUGAGCAUUCCAAAAUUCUUGAAGCAAUUAAAGUAGUGGGUCUAUCGAUUCCAAGCAUUGUGGACCAUAUUUUCAAUACUAGUACUAGUAGUAGCAGUAGCAGUAAUCGUGAAUCAUCCACUACCCACAUCUCAAAAUCACUUCCAAGUAAUGGGAAAGCUCUCAAAAAACGAACUUUUUCAUCUUCUCUUCAAGUUCCAAAAUCGAAAACAAUCAACCAUUAUUUCCAAUCUAGUAGUAAAGUUAAUGAGAAAAACAAAAAUGUUGUUGUUGAUGUUAAUGAUGGUGGUGAUGAUGACGUGGAAGAGCAUAAGGAGUCUUUACCUCAAAUGGGAUUUGAUCUUGAUCCCGAUGUUGCAUCUGAUUGGGAGAUGAGAGCUAGCAUUCUGUUGCAAAAGCAUUUUGGUUUUUCUUCGUUGAAAAGUUUUCAGAAGGAAGCUUUGUCUGCUUGGAUUUCUCGUAGAGAUUGUCUUGUCCUGGCUGCUACUGGAUCUGGGAAAUCCCUGUGCUUUCAGAUUCCUGCAUUGUUAACUGGGAAAGUGGUGGUUGUGAUUUCGCCUUUAAUAAGUCUAAUGCAUGAUCAAUGCUUAAAGCUAACAAAACAUGGAAUCAGUGCUUGUUUUCUUGGCUCUGGGCAGCCUGAUAAUACUGUUGAAAAGAAAGCAAUGAGUGGCAUGUAUAGUAUAGUGUAUAUUUGCCCAGAGACAGUUCUAAGAUUGAUUCAACCUCUGCAAAAGCUUGCAGAAAGCCAUGGUAUUGCUUUGUUCGCAAUUGAUGAGGUACAUUGUGUUUCUAAAUGGGGCCAUGAUUUUCGUCCAGCUUACAGCCGACUGUCUGCAUUGAGGGAAAAUUUCACUACUGGCAAGCUAAAAUCCUUAAAAUUUGAUAUACCUGUAAUGGCAUUGACAGCUACAGCUACAAAGAGAGUUCGGGAAGACAUUUUAAAAUCGCUGCGUAUGUCAAAAGAUACAAGUGUUGUUCUCACAUCAUUUUUUCGACCUAAUUUACGGUUCAUGGUAAAGCAUAGUAGAACAUCAUGGGCUUCUUAUGAGAGCGAUUUUCAUGAAUUGAUUAAAGUAUAUGGUGGAAAUAAAAAAGCUUUCACCUCAGAUGAGGCAGAUGAUGUUUCCAAUUGCUCUGAUGCUUCUGAUACAGACAGUGUUUCUUCUGAUAAUGUGGAUGACAACCAAGAUGACUAUGAUGAAAGAGAUAUUAGUUCCAUGCACGCAAGAAACACCGGCAAUCAUAAAAAAAGAAGAAAAUUGACAAUUGAGUUCCUGGAAAAUGAUGUUGAUGUCUUUCAAAGUGCGGAUGACUUGGAUGUUACCUGCGGUGAAUUUUGUGUACAACCUCCUCCGAAGCAAUGUGAGUUAUCUGAGACAGUUGAUCCACCUGCAAAACCAGAAAAAAGACUCAAAAUGCUUAAGGAGCCUUUGGAACGAGGACCAACAAUUAUAUAUGUACCCACCAGAAAAGAUACAGUGAGAAUUGCAAAGUAUCUAUGCAAGUCUGGUGUGAAAGCUGCUGCUUACAAUGCCGGGCUGCCCAAGUUGCACCUAAGAAGGACUCAUAAAGAGUUUCAUGAAAAUACCUUAGAGGUUGUUGUUGCAACCAUAGCAUUUGGAAUGGGAAUUGACAAAUCGAAUGUUAGAAGAAUCAUCCACUAUGGUUGGCCGCAGAGUUUGGAAGCCUAUUAUCAAGAAGCUGGACGGGCUGGUCGAGAUGGGAAGUUAGCAGAUUGCAUUCUAUAUGCAAACCUAGCAAGGAAGCCGUCACUUUUGCCGAGUCGUAGAAGUGAAGAAAUGACUAAACUAGCAUAUAUCAUGUUGUCUGAUUGUUUCAGAUAUGGAAUGAAUACUUCAUGUUGUCGAGCAAAAACACUUGUAGAAUACUUCGGAGAGGAUUUCAGCCAUCAGAAAUGCCUCUUAUGUGAUGUGUGCACUAAUGGACCACCUCAAAGACAGAAUCUUAAAGAGGAGGCCUGUAUUUUACUGCAAACUAUAGGGGCCCAUAAUGCACAUAUAUAUUCCAUGGAUUCCUCAUAUAAUGAUGAUAUCCAUUUCAAUUCUAAGGAUAGAAGACUAGGAGAGAGGCCAAGUCUUAUGACGUUAGUUAGAAGUAUAAGGGAACAGUUUCAAAAGUUUUUAACCACUGAUAUAUUGUGGUGGAGAGGCCUUAGUCGAAUUUUGGAAGCUAAAGGAUAUAUCAGGGAAGGAGAUGAUAAGUGAUUCUACAAGGACAUAAUUUAACAUAAUGAUCUUUAUCUGCACGUAUUUGGUCUUGUUCCAUGCGCGUUGGUAAGUCAACUGCAAUUUGACCUCAAGUUUUCCACUGUACAAUUGCAGACAAAUGUUCAGAUAAAAUACCCUGAGCUAACAGAACUAGGUUUGGAAUUUGUGAAGUCCAUGAAUGAAGAAACUUUCUAUGUUUACCCUGAGGCAGAUAUGUUGCUUGAAACAAAAAUUGACAAACCAUUUUCCUCAUUCUCAGAAUGGGGAAAAGGUUGGGCUGAUCCUGAGAUCCGUCGCCAGCGCCUAGAAAGAAUGCAACAAGAUAGAAGUCCAACGAAGCGAAAGAGUCCCAGAAAGCAAAAAAAGAGGAGAGGUAAAAAAGUGAAACCUGAUUUGAGGACUUCCCGAGGUAGACUAACAGCAAAACUCACAAAACAUAAGUGACAUGCAACAUUUUUCUAUUCUUUUUAUUUAUUUGUGUUCCCACCUUGGUUUCAAACUAAUCAAAACACCCUCUUGCGCUAUCUUUGAAGCAACGGGUUAUGUUUUUAUUCUGUGAAUAUGUAAUUUACAUUGAAUGACAUUGCAUCUUAAUCAAGACAAAUACUUGAUGAUAAAAAAUAAAAAAAAAAAAAACCAUUGUAUGGCAGCUAGAUUGUGCUUCUUUGUUAAGUUUGAAUUUCUACUCUUGUAGAAGUAAAACUCUUAUGAGUUCGCGUUGAAUAAUUUAUCACAAUACCAAAAAUAACA